AUGGCAUCCGAAUCGCGGCUUUAUACCUUCUCUGGAGAGUCCAAGGACCAUCUCCGCAAGUUUCGUCUUACUACUUCCCGAGCCAAGGGACCUCAAGCUGUUAUUUACAUGAUCGAUAAGAACACCUACGAGAUCCGACAAGACGAAGACAAGACUGUUUAUACAUCUCUCGACGAGAUUAGCGAUGAUCUCCCCGACCAUGCCCCUCGAUUCAUCCUCCUGAGCUACCCCCUCACCAUGGGCGACGGACGACUAUCUGUACCAUACGUGCUCAUCUUCUACCUCCCCGUCACAUGCAAUGCCGAGAUCAGAAUGCUUUACGCCGGUGCGAAAGAGUUGAUGCGUAACACCGCCGAGGUCGGACGAAUUAUCGAUAUCGAGACAGCAGAGGAAUUGGAGGAGAUCCCUGACAAGCUCAAGGCGGAGUAA